CUGAUUUCUCACUGUCAUCCAUCACCCAUUCCUUUUCCUUUCGCUUUAAUUUCUUUUAGCCCGACAAAGUCGAACGCCAGAAUAGACUAGACUACCCUGUCCUUCUACCCAGCAACAUACUCAUGAACCGAUUGAUUGAUACCCAAACCCAACACAACCGACGCCCGAAAUCAAUGAUCUACAAGCCGAGCUAAAUCUACUACUUACAACCACGGCAAGGCUUACUUUCCUCUCACUCUCCUCCCGAAAACACCAGUUCCACAUGACCACGACCGCCCCGUUCCACAGUGGAUCCCUGACAUCAUCAAUCCAUGAUCCCCGACUUCCGGGCGCCGCCCGCCGUGACCUCUGCAUUAUCCCGAAAGGAUUAACGGGCCCACGCGGUUUAGAGGUAAGAGGCUGGACGGUAUGCGGUUCUGGACUGGUCUUGGACCUGGACCUGGAUCUGGCUCUGGGGAUUCAGGCGUGUGGUUCUUGGUUUUUGGUUCUGGGUACAUGGCUCUGGUUCUGGGUUCUGGGACUUGGUUCUAGGCGGAACGAGGAGGGGUUAUUGAAUUUUCCAUCCAUGGCACCCUUUUUUUUCUAUCUAGCUGGAGGUGAUGGUGUCGUGUUGUCGCGAGGUGAGGAGGGAGGGUGCGGCGAGGCGCGCGGUA